GCCAGGCGGGCGGCCUCCGGCUGCGAGAUCAGCGGGUAGCUGCUCUGGCUGCGCUGUGUGGGCCUUCCGGUGGCGAGUGUGGGUCGAGGCCGCUGCACCCCUGGCAAUGGCGCUGCGCGCGGCCGUGUUCGACCUUGAUGGGGUCCUGGCUCUGCCCUCGAUCGCCGGCGCCCUCAACCGUGCGGAGGAAGCCCUGGCGCUGCCCAGGGACUUUCUGAAUGAUGCUUUCCUGACAGAAGGCAUGAGUGGUUCCAGCGCCCGCCUCAUGAGAGGAGAGAUCACAUUUUCCCAGUGGGUGCCACUCAUGGAAGAAAGCUGCAGAAAGCGCUCCGAGGCCUCUGGAAUCCACCUCCCUGAGAAUUUCUCCAUACACCAGAUCUUCGACAAGGCAAUUUCAGCAAGAAGUAUCAACCGCCCCAUGCUGCAGGCCGUGCAGGCUCUCAGGAAGAAGGGAUUUAAAACCUGCAUGCUCACCAACAACUGGCUGGAUGACAGAGCCCAGAGAGGUGAGCUGGCCCAGAUGAUGUGUGAGCUGAGCCCGCACUUUGACCUCCUGUUGGAGUCGUGCCAGGUCGGGAUGCUCAAGCCUGAGCCACAGAUCUACAAGCUUGUCCUGGACACCCUGAAGGCCAGUCCCAGUGAGGUUGUUUUCCUAGACGACUUUGGGUCUAAUCUGAAGCCCGCUCGGGACUUGGGAAUGGUCACCAUCCUCUCCCGUGACACCGACGCAGCCCUGAAGGAGCUGGAGAAAGUAACCAGGGUGCAGCUCCUCCAAAUUGCAGCCCCUGUGCCAGUCGCUUGCAGCCCCAGUGACAUGAGCCAUGGGUAUGUGACCGUAAAGCCUGGAGUUCGUCUGCACUUCGUGGAGCUGGGCUCUGGCCCUGCUGUGUGCCUCUGCCAUGGGUUUCCUGAGAGUUGGUUCUCUUGGAGGUACCAGAUCCCUGCUCUGGCCCACGCAGGCUACCGGGUCCUAGCGAUGGACAUGAAAGGCUAUGGCGACUCAUCCUCCCCUCCUGGUGGAUCGAUUCAACUUCUGUUUCUGUGUUUUCUUUCUUAGGAGAUGGUGACCUUCCUGGAUAAAUUGGGCAUCCCUCAGGCGGUGUUUAUUGGCCAUGACUGGGCAGGUGUUCUGGUGUGGAGCAUGGCCCUCUUCUACCCUGAGAGAGUGAGGGCAGUGGCCAGCUUGAACACCCCCUUCAUCCCAGCAAACCCCAAGGUGCACCCCAUGGAGGCCAUCAAAGCCAAUCCAGCCUUUGAUUACCAAAUCUACUUCCAAGAGCCAGGAGUGGCAGAGGCUGAGCUGGAACAGAACCUGAGUCGGACUUUCAAAUCCUUCUUCAGAGCCUCUGAUGAGGGUUUUCUCACUGUGCAUAAAGUCACUGAAAUGGGAGGGCUCUUUGUGAAGACCCCAGAGGACCCCAGCCUCAGCAAGAUGAUCACUGAGGAGGAGAUUGAGUUCUACGUGCAGCAGUUCAAGAAGUCUGGCUUCAGAGGGCCCCUGAACUGGUACCGCAACAUGGAAAGGAACUGGAAGUGGAGCUGCAGAGGCACUGGACGGAAGAUCCUGAUCCCGGCCCUGAUGGUGACAGCGGAGAAAGAUGUCGUACUUGUUCCUGAGAUGACCAAGCACAUGGAGGACUGGAUCCCUCACCUGAAAAGGGGACAUGUUAAGAACUGCGGACACUGGACACAAAUGGAGAAGCCGGCUGAGGUGAAUCAGAUCCUCAUUGAUUGGCUGGCUGCUGAAGUCAGGAACUCAGCCCUCUACUCGAAGAUUUAGCCUGUGGCCAGCCUAAGUCCUCCAAGGAACUUGGCCUGGUCAUCCAAGGAAGCCGUGGUGUCCAGAGGUGGUGUCACACACAUCUCUUAGAACCAGCACUUUGAUCUGAGGGGGUUGCCAAAAAAAUGAUUUUCUCUAAGUGAAGCCAAUCAAGUUUGCAAAUUUUAGAUGCAGGAGAAAGCACACUGAGGGCUGGUGGCAAUGUGACAGCAGAAAGAGGCUAGAGGAGAGGGCGGGAUGGGAUUCGAUGGCCAGCGUCCUGUGGGGACCCAACGAGGUGAUCUCGGGUGAUUUCUUUUUGACAGCUCAUAGUUCUGCGGGAAAAUCUGCAGUUCUUUUAUAACAUCUCAGCUGGGAAUAGGAUCAUUUAAUCAAUAAAGCUAAGACAGAUGUG